UGGAUUCUUCUCUUUCGUUAACAUCACCCAUUAUUUCACACGCACCUGAAGACCUCUUACCAGUGGAAGCAGUAGGUACAUACAACCGCUUUGCACCACAAACUCCGCACUCUGAUGUUCAGACCAACCCGGCAAAUAUCCACCCAGUAAGCCAACCAUCGUCUACCAGAGUGAAGCGUUUGUUUGAGAAAUCUCACACGCGAAGUCGGCGAACUACUUCAGCGCCUCCCCCAGCAUCAGAACGCACCAUGCAACGUUCAUUACCACCCACGAACAAAAAAUUAAGAAUCCUCCUACUUGGAAAGACAGGGAAUGGAAAAAGCAGAACCGGGUGCACUUUGCUCAACGAUAAGAAGGCUUUCUGUCAUAAACUUUCCCCAAAUUCAGUCACAGGAGCGUGUGAAAGACAAGACCGCCGUGUCAGAGAUUAUACUUUGACUGUUGUGGAUACUCCUGGAGUUUUUGAUACAAAGCAAUCAAUUGAGGAGGUAUUCGAGAAAAUAACACAAUCGAUGGUUUUAUCUCCAGACGGUUACCAUGUUGUAUUCAUUGUUUUGAAGUACGGACAGAAAUUUACAGAGGAAGAGGCCAAUGCCAUUGUUCAUCUAGAAAAACUGUUCGGUGAAGCACUUUUCAAGUUUGCUAUAAUUGUAGUUACACAUGCCGAUCUUUACAAGAACAGUAGGGAAGACGGUGAAGCCCCCGGGCAGCUUGAUUAUAUGAUGGAAAUAGAAAAUAAAACUUUUCAGAGAAUAUUUGAAAAAUGUUGGAAACGAUUCAUAUUCUGUGACAAUACAGCUGAAGAUUUGAAAGUCGAACAAGGAAAACUAUUAGAUGUUGCCGAAAAACUGGUAUCAAAGAACGCUAGUGAACGGUACACAAAUGAAUUGUUCGAAAUUGCAGCAAAUGCCCUUCGAAAAAUAAAAGAAAAGCAAGAGCAAGAAAAACGGGCGUUUGAAAGAAGACAGGAGGAGUUAGAGAGAGAUGCAAGGCGUGCGAACGAGUUGCAACUAGAUUUGGAAGAGGAAGAAAGAAAAAACAGAUGUUUGCAAUAUGAAAAAGAAGAAGCAGACAGAUACAAAAGAUUUAUGCAGCAACAGUUUGAAGUAUGGAGACAGGAAAGAGAGGAAAAAUCUCAGAAGAUAGAGAUGUUAGAAGCUGAAAGGCAGAGAGAAAACGAAGGAAUGUUGAGACGUUUAGAAGAACUACAACGACGGAAAGAGGAGGAUGAAAAGCUGACAGCACAGACAAUCCAAGCCUUAGACGCAAAAGCAAACCAAACCACCAAACUUGAAGAAAAACUUACGAAAACGGAAAGAGAAUUAGAAAAAUUAAACAUAAUGUUUGAGGGUGAAAGGAAAUCUAAUGAGAUUUUGCGACAGGAAAAAGAACAAUCAGACCAAAAUACCCAAGCCAUGCAGCAACAGUUUCAAGAAUUUAAAAGGGCAACAGAAGAAGAAGCCAAGAGAAAAGAAUGUUUAGAUGCUCUACGGCAGAGAGAAAAUGAAGAACGAAUGGAACAUUUGGAAGAAAUGAGAAAUGCACUGGAAACACGGUCAUCGCAGUAUGUUGAAGAUUAUUCUGUGGAUGGAUUGGUUGAAAUGUUUAGGAGACUUCCCAAACACGAACAACAGGAGGUUAUCGACGAAGUAUCCCCGGAAGUUAGAGAAAAGGCCAUAGAGGCUGGAGCAUGUUUCCCAAAAGAUGCCACUUGCAUCCUCGCAGACGGAGAUGUUCUGAAGAUGGAAUAUCUGCAGCAGGGAGAUGAAGUUCAAGUUGUUCAUCCAGAUGGUUCACUGGACUAUCAAAGGGUCUUCAUGUUUGGUCACGCUGAUCCCAAUGCAGAAAGUCCCUUCCUUAUAUUCACGACUGAGAACAAGAGGCAGCUAUCCAUCAGCCCGGGUCACUACCUGUAUGUUCAAAGUCAAGAUGGGAAGAUGGCGAUGGUACCUGCGAGGAACGUGAAAGUCGACGAUGCCCUUUGCACCUACAUUCCAGAGAAUGGCACCACGAAGAUUUCAGCCGUCACUGAAAUCAGAGUGGAGAUUUUGCAAGGACUGUACAACCCUCACACCAAGAGUGGCACCAUUGUUGUUAAUGGCGUCCUGACAUCGUGCUACACUGAGGCGUUCUCACCAGUCUGGGCCCAUCGUCUUCUACAGCCUAUGUGGUUCCUGUACAAAUUGGCGCCAUGGAUCAACAGAAUCGUGUCCAAGGACGGCAUGCCCGUGUGGCUGUCUUUUCUGGACAUCGUAAAAUCUGUGUGGGAGAAGGAGAGACUUUUUGCAUGGAAGUAA